AUGGCGUACGGCGGCGUCGUGGCGUACGGGCAGCAGACGGUUGUGGCGCCGCACGUCAUGGGCGGGUUGCAGGCGCGUUCUAUCUCACACUGGUCCCCAUACGACCGCGUCGGCGUGGUGAACGCCAGCGCGCGCAUGAUGCUCCCGAGCGAGAUGGAGGAAGAGCCGGUGUACGUGAACGCGAAGCAGUACCACGGGAUCUUGCGCAGACGCGCGGCGAGGGCGAAGGCGGAGAGCGAGAACCGACUCAUCAAGUCGCGGAAGCCGUACUUGCACGAGAGCAGGCACAACCACGCGCGGCGGCGCGAACGCGGCGCGGGGGGGCGGUUUCUCACGAAGAAGGAGCUCGAGGAGAGGGAUCGAUUGGCGAAGGCCAAGGAGGGCGGGGGGGACGGGGGGGACGCCGCGGACGCGGACGCGAACGCGAACGCGAACGCGAAGGAAGGAGGAGGAGCGGACGCGGACGCGGGAGGCGACGACGCGGGCGAUAAGGAGACGCCGUCGAAGGAGAAGGACGCGCCCGCGAAGAAGACGGCGAAGAAGGGAAAGAAGUGAUCGAACGAACCACCCUCGAAUCGAAUCGCUCGCGUCGAGGGACCGUCGAUCGAUCGUCGCGUCUCUCGUCGCGAACGGAACGGAACGGAACGGAACGGACGACGCACGCGAGUCUUUUGUUUGACGUGUAGAUAUAGGUGGGGGGCGCGGGUGGGGCGGACGGCCGCCCCGAACCGCGCUAGCGCCGUCGCCGCGGAUCCUCGGUCGCGACGAGAGAAAAUAAAAUGUGAGACGCGAGGUCACG